AUGACCUUUGAGGGAUUAACCCUCAUGCAGAGCGUCGAACUUGAUUAUUUCCAGUUGCGUCUUGGGGUGAAGGCUCCCCCUGCUCAAGAAUUUCUUCGUUUUGAUCAUCAUCAACAUCUGUCGGAUCAAUUCCUGCCAACAUGUCCUAGAUGCUUGUCAUUCACUGAAGACUUUAAUCAUGCAUUCUUGAAUUGUAAAUACUCACAGCUUGUCUGGGUAGGAUCAAGAUUGGGCCUAAACUUUGAAGUCUUUUGCACACUUGAAAGACUGGAUCUUAGUGCUUGCAAUUUAUUUGAUGGCACUGUUCCUGAAGAUCUUGGAUGCUUGGCCUCACUAUUAGAGUUAAAUCUGAGCAGAAAUGGCUUUACCUAUUUACCUAAAAGCAUUGCGCAACUUAACCGCCUUAAACUCCUUGACGUAACCUAUUGUGAAAAGCUUAAAGAGCUGCCAGAGCUUCCUCCAAGUAUAGUGAAUCUGUUUGCUGAUGACCGCUUUGCUUUGCAAAGCAUUCAAACACUACCAACCAUGUAUAAAAAGUUGUACUUGGUCUCCUUCGCUAACCGGAAGAUGCACGAGAUGUGGUGUGCUUCUCGCGGGGAAAGUUCAUGCUUAAAAAUGGAAAAUUGUCCAAGGGAAAAUAUGAUUGACAUGCUCCAAGAUAUUCUCCCUAUAUUUUUCUCAAUGCUGCAGCUAAAGUCGCAAUUCGACUAUAUGUGGAAAUCUUUUUGUAUUGUCCUCUCUAGACAUGCUCCACGUGAUAAGGUUCCCAGGUGGUUCAAGUAUCGUGAGACACGGUCAACGAUGAUUUCCAUCAAACUGAAGGAACACUGGUAUAAUGAUAAGUUUAUGGGAUUUGCUCUGUAUUGUCGGUUUCCUUCCUUAAUUGAUUGCCCGCCAAGAUAUAACCAAUAUCGGCAAUCAGCUUUCUGUCACGUCUGGGGUACAACAGUCAAAACUAAAUUGGUACCCAAACAUGCUGCUAUGGGUCGACCAACACUUGAAAAUUUUGUUAAUAUGGGGGUAUCAAGUGCAGUUUCAACUGAUUUUCAGGACUGUUUGGUUUUUUGUUCUUUAAAAUUGGAUAAGAUGGAGGAAUACUUUAAAGGAAAAGGAAAAGACCCUCUUUUGGUAAUUAAUCCAAAUGACUACUGUAGAUUUGAGGCAUCUCUAGAUGGUCGAAUAUCAACAAAUUGGGGAAUUCGUCUUGUAUAUGCAGAUGAUAUUGAGGUAAUGAGGUUGAAAUGGACAAGGAAAUUUAAGAUAGAUUCCUUUUCGUAUCUCGCUGGAGAUAAAGAAUUUAUCCCGGGGAUUGAUGAGAGGCUGGGACGACUUCUAGUACCACAGGAAAUUGGCUUUUUAAUGUGGAGACUUCUUUUUGAUACUUUGCCAGUCCUGCCAACAUGUCCUAGAUGCUUGUCAUUCACUGAAGACUUUAAUCAUGCAUUCUUGAAUUGUAAAUACUCACAGCUUGUCUGGGUAGGAUCAAGAUUGGGCCUAAACUUUGAAGUUGGGAACCCAGUUCCAGUUCAAGAAUGGCUGACCACCUGGAUUUCAUCAGCUCCUCAAGAUGAGGAUGUAAGUUUCGCUUUUGCUGUCCUAUGGGCGAUCUGGAAGCACAGAAACAAGGUGGUACAUGAAAGAGCCGUUUUUGUUCCCUCAGAGGUUAUCUCCACUGCCAUCGAAGAACACUCAAGGUUUCCGAAUUCUAAAUCCAGAGAAGAAGAAGCUCUCAAGGAGGGGCCUAGAGAAACAGCCGUGGAUCUUAAAGCUCUCUUUGUUGAUUUUGAUGUACAGCAAGACGAUGACAUGCUAGUAAUAGAGGUCAAGGGAGCUUGGAAAGAGGGAAAAGAAUGGGCUGGAGUGGCGUGGCUAGCUUUUAACAAGCAAGGGGUUAAAGUGGCAGCAGCUAGAAAAUCACUGAAGGUCAUAAGUAGAUUACAUGCAGAAGUACAUGCCUUUGAUUAUGCAAUGAGAUGGGCUGCUACUGAAGUUUCUAAAGUCAUAAUUUUGUCUGACAACGGCGCCUUGAUUGAGCAACUUCUAUGUGGGGGAAGCUGUUCAGAUCAAGACAUUGUCUAUAUGUUGCGUGAAUUUCUGGAAUUGAUGAAAGAAGAAGAAAUGUUCUGGAAAGUUGUUAAAGUACCCAGUUAUGCAGUGUCAGCUGCAAAGAGGGCGGCAAAAAUGGCCAUGAAGACUUACAUGGAUGUACUAAACUCUGUGAUUUGGUGAUCAAGUUCAAAGAGCUUGGGCUUGUUAUGAACCUUUUUGCUUCAUUAGAGAGCUUUAUCUCAAGAAAAGUUGUUUCUUCAAUAAUGACUUAAUGGGGUAUAGAGCAUCCGUUUUUAUGUAAACAAAAAAGACCUAAUCAAGGAUCAAGCUAAAAGGAUACUACAUUAAUUUUGUUUGCACGUGAACGUAAUCUUCGGAGAUAGCAGGUAAUUUAUGCAGGUUUCUUCUAUUUUUUACAAAA